AUGAGGCAUAUGUGUGGAGUGUGUAAGGGUUGUGGACUUGAGAAUGAAACGAUUGAUCACAUGUUGUUUAGGUGUCCUAGUGCCCAAUUAGUUUGGAAAAUUUGCCCCAUUAAUUGGCCUAGUUUAGAAAAUACUGUGGAUUUUGCUGGAUGGUGGAAUGAUCUUUUUACUAAUGCUAAAAAAUAUCCCGAGUCUAUUGAGCUUAUAAAAUUAAGUAUUUCUAUUAUGUGGCAAAUUUGGAAGGCUAGAAAUUCAAAGAGUUUCAAUGGAGAAAUUUAUGAUCCUAAUGAUAUUGUUAACAAAGCUCUUUUUGAUUUUCAUGAAUAUGAAAGCAAUUUGAUUCCUUCAUUUUCCCCUAUAAUUAUACCUGCUUGUAAUGAUGAUAGAAAUAUAACUAUGGCACAAGAUGGUAUUGUUGUGUUUGCAGAUGCUAGUGUACAUAAGGAAAAGAAGACGACAAGCAUUGGUGUGGUGGCUUUGGAUAGCUAUGGUAACCUGCUUCAUGCCUUUGGUUCCCCAAUUCAAUAUGUUGGGAAAGCCAUCACUGCUGAAGCAAUUGCAACUCGUAUGGUGCUGGAGAAUGUUAGAGAAAAGGGGUGGACAAAGGUGCAAAUCUUAUCAGAUGCAAAAAAAUGUGGUGGAUAUGGUACUACAAAGAACUAUAGUCUCGUGGGAGAUAGAAACUACUUGUGA